AUCAUUGUUUUGGGCACGUUGAGUAAAUUGAAGAUAAAGAAGACACUGUCUGAGUCAGACCUGGCUAGGGCCAGCAAAGAAAGUUUAGUGUCACCUAGCGAUUCUAGUGACGAAGUUGACGAAAUAGGGACGGAGAACCAAUCUAUUUUACUUGGAAUAAUCUCUCAAUUAAGACCAGGUUGCGAUUUGACUAGAAUCACAUUACCUACCUUUAUUUUGGAGAAAAAGUCCAUGCUAGAGAGAAUAACCAAUGCAUUUUUCACUCCGCAGAUUGUUUUGCAGGCAAACGAUACUGAUGAUCCUGUCGAACGAUUUCUAUUAAUUGUGAAAUGGUAUUUAUCUGGUUGGCACAUUGCCCCCAAAGCAGUCAAAAAGCCAUUGAAUCCAGUAUUAGGAGAAGUUUUCGCUUGUAGAUGGGAAGGCUUACCGGGAAACUGCACUUCAUACUACAUAUCGGAACAAACAUCUCACCAUCCCCCAGAAUCAUCCUACUUUUACAUUAUCCCUGAGCACAAGAUCAAAGUGGACGGGGUAGUGAUCCCGAAGUCAAAGUUCCUUGGAAAUUCUUCAGCAGCAAUGAUGGAAGGAAUUGCGAGAUUAACAUUAGGAGAAAGAGGGAAUGAGGUAUACACUAUGACUCAACCAAACGUAUACUGUAGAGGAAUUUUAUUUGGAAAGCUAAGAUAUGAACUAGGCGACCAUAUGUUGAUCAAAUGCCCAACCACUGGAUUGGAAGCAGAUAUUGAAUUCAAAACAAAAGGCUUUAUCAGUGGCUCAUACGAUUCAAUUGAAGGGGUCGUGAAAGAUGGGGACUCAAAGCAAUUGUACUCCAUUACUGGGAAAUGGAAUGGCGUUAUGGAAUUUAAGAAAAUAUCAGACGAGUCAAAGGACAUAUUCUACGAUACAGCUAGUUCAAAAUUGUACAAACCUAUUGUAAGACCAAUUGACGAACAAUAUGAUUACGAAUCAAGAAAUUUAUGGGACAGUACCAUUCAAGCUUUGGAUAAAAAUGACCACGAAGUUGCUACAGAGGAGAAGUUCAGAGUCGAGGAUAAUCAGAGAAUCUUGGCAAAGGAAAGACUUGAACAGGAUGUGUUGUUUGAAAGUAGAUUUUUCAAGGAGACCGGAAAAGAUGAUGACUUACCUUUUACUUUAAGUUCUGAAAUCGAUAUAAAUGAUGAUUCGCCUGAAGUUGUUAGAGAAAAGUUGAACGAGACGGGUUUAUUUUCCGAGAAAUAA